AACGUUCAUAAGCAGUUUUGUUUUAAAUUUCGUUUAAAAUUGAAUAAAAAUGCUACAAAUGACAGUUGGCGUGUCAAAAUUGUUUGGUACUUAAAUGUUGGUAGGACUGAUUUUAGUUAGUAAUUUGAAAAAUUCAAUCAUGGCUGAUUCUGUCGAAUUGCGUAUGAGUGUAACGUCCAUAAAAAGAGUAGAUCCAUAUGUGAAAGAUAUUUUAGCGAGUGCUACGCACGUUGCUUUAUACUGUUUUAAUAUAGCGACGAACGAGUGGGAAAAAACCGAGACCGAAGGCGCUUUAUUCAUCUACAGCCGAAAUGGGGAACCGUUUCACAGUAUUAUGAUUAUGAAUAGGUUAAAUACUGACAACCUAAUAGAACCCAUUGUCAAAGAUUUCGACUAUCAGAUGCAAGUACCAUUUUUGCUAUAUAGGAACUCGAAAAGUAAAAUAUUCGGUAUCUGGUUCUUCAACAGAGAAGAGUGCAUUAACAUCACAGUUUUAAUAGAAUCGAUAAUGGAAGGUCUUAAGGACAAAACCGAUCGGAAAUCUGCGAAAAAGGGCAACAACGUGGAUAUAUUUAGUAUGCUAUCGAAAGCGCAAGAAGAUUACAACAAAACCCCGACGAAGCAAGACAUGAUGCCAUUCGCAUCGACCCCUCGAAUCGUUCCUGACGUAACAUCGAGUGUUAUGGACUUUUUCGCUAAAGCUAGUACAAAGACCGGCCCAACGCCGGCCGUGCCCGGAAUCCGCGAGGAGAACGUCUUACAAAGGUUGAUGUCCAAUCCCGCACACUCUGUCGAACACAUCGAGAAACAACAGAGAUCCAUAACGCCCCAGGACCAACCCGUGAACAUCCAGCCGAAGGUGGUAGCUAGCGGGGAUAGAAGAAGCGCGCCUAUAAAUUUUCCCAGUUCUAGUAUAGUCGAUAAGAAAGCCGGUGAAAAUGGUUUAAGGGAUAGUAGUUGUCCCAAACCGCAGUCUUCGCCUCUAGCGUAUUUACUGCAACAAAACCAGCCACCUCAGCUGGACAAGGAGGAGGCUCAGGAUAUGUUAAGUUUUUCUCCUUUCGGACAGUCUGCGGAAUCGAAUAAGCCGCAGUUGAUGACACCGAUGAUGUUUGUAACGGGUAAAACCCCCGAGGACUUUGAGAGUUCGACGGCCGAACAGGAACAUAUUGAUCUGUUAACGGAGAAACAACUAGCCCAGGCGCUGAUUUACCUCCUUAAGAACAAUUCGGAUUUUACUAAACAAAUUCAUGAAGCUUAUGUAAAGUCUAUAAUGGAAAAAGUAAACCUCAACAAUAGUAGGUCAUUUAUAUAAUUGUCUGUUAAAAUCUUCUUGGACAAUUUUGAGCAUUAUCACAUAUUGCUACUAUUCUGACUGAGUUAGCUUUAACGUUAAUAUAGACUCAAAAUAAUACAGUGAUUUUUACCGAUUCGAUUCCAUGAAGUUGUUGACUUAUUUUGACUAUACUGUAAGAUAUUUAUGUAGUAAAACCUGUUUUCGAAUAUAACUGACAUAAAUGUGUUUUAGUUAGCUUUUUUUCAUUAUAAACAAUAUGACUAAAGCUUUUAUAUGCUAAUAUUCAAGCUCUAUUUUUUGAUCAUUUUAUUAAGGAGGAAUUAAACGUGUUAGUAAAUCUAGUAUCAAUUAA